AUGCAACAUCGAGAGCAACAGCAGGUGCAACAAGAGAGCCGUCAGUUCCAACAGGAACACGAUCGCGCGCUUGCUCAGAAUGGGUUGCAGCGAACUGAAAUUCCUCCAGCGAUGAAAAAAUCAAGGAUGUGCAGUUUUUUUGAUUACGGUAUUCACUAAUAAUAAGGAACCGAGGUGAAAACAAAUAAUCCUAGAUUAAAAUAACUUGUUACACUUACAUUAAGGUUAACCCCCUAGUAAGUUGGAUGCGUCAUCAUCAUCCCUUUCGGGUUGAAUCGAACUCUAACUUGAGCAAGGCAGAUGCAGUCGUGGUUGGCGGUGUUCUUUUGCU